AUGUCGAGGCGCAAGCAGGCGAAACCCCAGCACAUCAACUCGGAGGAGGACCAGGGCGAGCAGCAGCCGCAGCAGCCGGCCCCGGAGUUUGCAGAUGCGGCCCCAGCGGCGCGCGCGGGGGAGCCGGGUGCUCCAAUGAACCACCCAGGGAAUGGCCAUGAAGCCAGCAGGGAUGGAAUGACAGCAAAGAGGACUCGGCGGGAGGAGACGCACAUCUGUGAGAAAUGCUGUGCGGAGUUCUUCAGCUUCUCCGAGUUCUUAGAACACAAGAAGAAUUGCACUAAAAAUCCACCUGUCCUCAUCAUGAACGACAGUGAGGGGCCAGUGCCUUCAGAGGACUUCGCUGGGGCUGUGCUGAGUCCGAGCAGCAAGGAGGGUCCCCGGGAGGAUGGCGGCGGCUCGGGGGAGAUGAAGGAGAAGCCGGGGGCCGAGUCGGUCGUGUACCUGAAGACCGAGACCGCCCUGCCAUCCAUGUCCCAGGACCUAAGCUAUUUACCCAAAGGCAAAGUGGCCCACACUAACGUCACUCUUCAGGCCCUGCGGGGCACCAAGGUGGCGGUGACCCAGCGGAGCGCCGACGCGCCGCCAGCCCCCUUGCCCGGCGCCGGCAGCAUCCCGUGGGUCCUCGAGCAGAUCCUGUGCCUGCAGCAGCAACAGCUGCAGCAGAUCCAGCUCACCGAGCAGAUCCGCGUGCAGGUGAACAUGUGGGCCUCCCACGCGCUCCACUCGGGCGUGGCGGGGGCGGACACCCUCAAGACCUUGGGCAGCCACAUGUCCCAGCAGGUUUCGGCGGCCGUGGCUCUGCUCAGCCAGAAAGCCGGAAGCCAGGGCCUGUCUCUGGAUGCCUUGAAACAGGCCAAGCUACCUCACGCAAACAUCCCUUCUGCCACCAGCAGCUCUGCGUCCCAGGGGCUGGCGCCCUUCCCCCUGAAGCUGGAUGGGACGAGGGUGCUGCCGAACGUCAUGUCGCGCCUUCCCGGUGCUUUGCUACCUCAGGCCCCGGGCUCUGUGCUCUUCCAGAGCCCUUUCUCCACUGUGGCGUUAGACCCGUCCAAGAAAGGGAAGGGGAAGCCCCCGAACGUGUCCCCGGUGGAGGUCAAACCCAAAGACGAGGCCAUCCUCUGCAAGCACAAGUGUCGUAGCAGUCUGCCAUCAACAUUUAUCCGAGCCCAGCCAACCUAUGUCAAAGUUGAAGUCCCUGGUGCAUUUGGUGGACCCACGACCAUGUCCCCAGGCAUGACACCUUUGUUAGCGGCCCAGCCACGCCGACAGGCCAAACAGCACGGCUGCACACGGUGCGGGAAGAACUUCUCCUCGGCGAGUGCGCUGCAGAUCCACGAGCGGACUCACACAGGGGAGAAGCCUUUCGUGUGUAACAUAUGUGGGCGAGCGUUCACCACCAAAGGCAACUUGAAGGUCCACUACAUGACGCAUGGGGCCAACAACAGCUCAGCACGCCGUGGGAGGAAGCUGGCCAUCGAGAACACCAUGGCUCUGUUAGGAACUGAUGGGAAGAGAGUCCCUGAGAUGUUUCCCAAAGAAAUCCUGGCGCCUUCGGUGAACGUGGACCCUGUCGUGUGGAACCAGUAUACCACCAUGCUCAAUGGAGGUCUGGCCAUGAAGACCAAUGAAAUCUCUGUGAUCCAGAACGGUGGUAUUCCUACCCUCCCAGUUUCCCUGGGGGCCAGCUCCAUUGUGAACAACACCACUAUCUCCAAGAUGGAUGGCUCCCAGUCUGCCCUUAGUGCUGAAGUAGAAAAACCAGGUGCUGCGGACAGCGUCCCCAAACACCAGUUCCCUCACUUCCUUGAAGAAAACAAGGUUGCAGUCAGCUAA